CCAGCAAGCCUUGGAACCCAACAAGCCUUGGAACCCAGGCGUGGGUUCCUUGGAACCCAGGCGCUAGGUUCCUUGGAAUCCAGGCAUGGGUUCCUUCAAACCUAGCACGCCUAGGUUCCAAGGAACCCAAGCGCUGGGUUCAAUGGAACCUAAGCAUGGGUUCCUUCAAACCCAGCACGCCUGGGUUCCAUUGAAGGCGCUAGGUUCCUUGGGACCCAGGCGCUGGGUUCUUUGGAACCCAAGUGUUGGGCUCGAUGGAACCCAGGCGUGGGUUGCUUCGAACCCAGCAUGCUUGGGUUCCCUAGAACCCAAGUGCAGGUUCUUUGGAACCCAACGCUUGGGUUCUUUGAUGGAACCCAAGCGUGGGUUCCGUCGAACCCAGCACGCCUGGAUUCGAUGGAACCUAGGCGCGGGUUCUUCUGUCCCUCUUUUCUAAACAACUUUUUCCAAUUCUUCAGCUUCCAUUCAUAUCAAAUUUUGUUUGCUUUCGUUUUCUUUUUUUUUUUUUUUCCAAAGAGUGUAAGAUCCUUUCUUAGUUCUUCCAUUUUUUUCUAUUUUUAUUUUUUUUUCUGAACAAUUAGAUUGAUUUUGGUUUUUUGUUUUUGACUGCAGAAUUUAAGACAAGAAGCUGUAGGGAUUUCGAACUCCUUUUGGAUAAGAAUAUUGUUUGGAACUGAUUGUAUUCCAAUUAGUAAGGAACCUUCCCCCUUUUACUUUUUAUUUUUUUGUUAUGAUCCUUCGAAUGUAAUGGUGUUUUCAUAUUUUUAUGUUGAAUUUAAAUUUGUUCAUUGUUUUUGAUGGUUCGUUGAUCCUGUUAUUUGCUUCCUUUUUUCGUUUCGUUUAAAUGAAUGCCACUGUGAUUU